AAUUGAUGGAGAUUCUCUAAUUAAUAAGUUUGUAGUUGAUUACAUGUACAAUGGAUAGAUAACAAACGUUUCACCUACUUUUGUUCACUAUAAAUAACUCAUUUUUGUAGCCUUAUUUUGCUCCUCCCAAACCAUCACUUCUUUUGCAUUGUGAGCAAAUUUUGAUUUUUUUCUUCAUCUUACAAAAGUAACAAACUUUACCGAAGUAAAUUUAAAAGAUUUUCAACCUCCACUAAGAAUGAAGACGAAAGUAGAUAUGGCACAAAUAUUCAUUAUGACUCUUCUCCUCACAUCUUCUUUGUUCAUAUUUUCAACCGCUGAUUCACCAUGCAAUGGAAAAUGCAAUGUGAGGUGUUCAAAGGCAGGAAGGCAAGAUCGGUGUCUCCACUAUUGCAAUAUAUGCUGUGAGAAAUGUGAUGGUUGUGUUCCUUCAGGCACUUUUGGAAACAGAGAUGAAUGUCCUUGUUACCGUGAUAUGAAGAAUUCCAAAGGCACACCCAAAUGUCCUUGAACGAUCAUCCCCAUAGAUAUCAUAUAUCUAUAUAGUUAUGAAUAUUACAAUUAUGGUUGAUGCAUGAAAUAAUGAGUUUGAAAUAUUUGGUGUAUGGAAAUGUGAAAAAUCUUGACAAUAAAACAAAUAAUGUUUUUUUAUAUGUGAAUGUUGAAAUAUAUAGAAAUAUAUAUAUCUUGAACCAUCGAAACACAGGAUUGUGCAGGUCUCAACGGAACAUCCUUUCUUUUACAACCUUGACAUAUCAUCUUGCGGACAGAAUGUGCGAAUUGGGAUGGUUUUAUAUUAGAACAUAGAAUUGUAAUUUCCUUAUCGUUGUUCAUGUUUAGACUCUUUUUUGUAUGGUUCACGCAUUUGAAAUCAAAUAAAAAAAAUGGUUAACACAUUCUGUUUAGAAACAAG